AUGCCGUUCAUGAAAGGGAAAGCUCCCAUUCGUCGGACUCUAAAUUAUCUACAAGCUGGCAAGUUGGUUUUGAAAGAUAAAAUUCGAAUAUUUUCCGUCGCCUACAAUAUCGAAGGGAAGAACAACAACGGUGCAAAGGAAUUCGUUUUCUGGUAUUUACCACAAAUCCAAUACAAGAACCCGAGCGUACAAGUUGCUACUUUGAAGAAUCUAACCCCAUCUCCUUUCGUGAAGUGUUAUUUUGAUGAUGGCAGAAAGAUUUUAGUGGACGUUGAUAACAAAUCUAAGGAAGAAAUUUUGGAACAUUUGAUCAACACAGUAGGCAAAAGCAAAACGGUUCUUGAAGCUGAAGCAAUCAUGGCUGAAAAAAAGGACAACCCGGCAAACUUUGGCAUUGGCUGCGAACGUCCCUGUAUAUGUGAAGUAUACGGCCAAGUACCAUGUUCAGGUGUUGUGCCACUACCUAAAUUUAUGAGAGGAAAAUAUAAAAAUGCUACAAACUAA